AUGGCGGCGCCCGGCCGGGGCCCCCGAGGGCCGCCGCUGACCAUGCCCGGGCGCCGGGGGGCGCUGCGCGAGCCGGCUGGCUGCGGCUCCUGCCUGGGGGCGGCGCUGGCCCUGCUGCUGCUGCUGCUGCCGGCCGGCUGCCCGGUGCGGGCGCAGAACGACACGGAGCCCAUCGUGCUGGAGGGCAAGUGCCUGGUGGUGUGCGACUCGAGCCCGUCGGCGGACGGCGCGGUCACCUCCUCCCUGGGCAUCUCCGUGCGCUCGGGCAGCGCCAAGGUGGCCUUCUCCGCCACGCGGAGCACCAACCACGAGCCGUCCGAGAUGAGCAACCGCACCAUGACCAUCUACUUCGACCAGGUAUUAGUAAAUAUUGGCAACCAUUUCGAUCUUGCCUCCAGCAUAUUUGUAGCACCGAGAAAAGGCAUUUAUAGCUUCAGCUUCCACGUGGUCAAAGUGUACAACAGACAGACCAUCCAGGUCAGUUUGAUGCAGAACGGCUACCCAGUGAUCUCAGCCUUUGCGGGGGACCAGGACGUCACCAGAGAAGCCGCCAGCAAUGGUGUCCUGCUGCUGAUGGAGAAAGAGGACACCGUGCAUCUCAAACUGGAGAGGGGCAACCUCAUGGGAGGCUGGAAGUACUCCACAUUCUCGGGCUUCUUGGUUUUCCCUCUAUGAACACAGAGCCCCCAGACGGUGGGGAAGUUGCGAUCUGGACCCAGGCGUCUGCCCUUCCGAACACCCUGAACUUGCCAGAACAGGACCACUUGGUUCCAACCUCCUUCAGACUGUUGAGGUAGAAGAAUGAUUUCCUUCUAAAUCUCCAGUAUUUUCUUUGCAUAUCGGCCACUCCUCGGGAACCUGGCUUCUAAUUAGUUUUAGACGACGAGGUCUUAAGGAGAAACGAAUUUAUCGAUUUGAGCAAUUUGUACCUGUGAUCGUAAAGUCAAUACUGGAUUUUAUUGUCGGGGCCGUUGACUUCUCUUCCUUUUGUUUGUACGUUGUAUUGUUGCCCCACGCGAGGAGUGCCGUCGAUCUCCAGGAUGGAUUGCAGGUCGCAGGCGGGACUCAGAGCAAGAGCCCCACGAAUCACCACCGGCCGGAUAGUCCUUGAAAUGUGUUCUUUGUGUGUCUGUUCCGCCUUAAGGAAAAGAACGGCUUCGCUUUCAUUCUGUAUUUGCCCCCGGGUGGACGGGAGGCCUCGGGAGGGGGAAGGGGACAUUGUGAAUCUGUCAAGAAGCGCUUUCUCCGGAGAAGCAAAUUUUGCACGAUGGGACUGCGACUUUUGCUUUGUAUUGUUUACGUGUGUGGGGGGGUUUUUUUGGUUGUCGCUGUUCUUUUUUUUUUUUCUGGAAAAGCUUUGCUUUCUUUCCACACUCAGCUCUCCCUCCUUACCCUUACUUCUAUUUUUCGUCCUGGGAUGGGGGAGAGAAACGUAUGUCGAUUUCUUGAAUGAGACCAAACAAACAAAACAGAAAUAUACCUGUGUAUUUUGUUGUGGAUGAGACCGCACCAAACAGAAGGUACCCGUAUCUCAGAGUCCAAGUAGCAGACAGACAAUUCUGCUUCUUUCAAAGAGAUUCUCUCAGAUGCACCUUUAGAACUAACCAGCUGGAUUGUUGGGUUUUUUUUUUUUCUUUCUCUCUCUCUCUUUUUUUUUUUUUUUUUUUUUAACGCUCUGGAAUACUUUAACAACUUGAUGUUCCUGGGUGGCCUGAAUCACAUAAGAGAAGCAUGGCAGCGUAAUGACCGAGUGUUCUAAACACACGCUUCCUUGGCCCAGCGUGCUUCGGUCUUCCCAGCUGCCUGUCUUCAUCUGUCUGUGUCCACCCCUCCGUGAGUGUAUCCGGAUCAGGUGUUUCAAAGCCAGCAGGACGGGCUACUCCCCUCCAGGAUCCUCCUCUGAUUCGCCAAGGAAAGAGGCUUGUUGACACUCUCUGGGAGCACCUGUCGAGAAGCCACCUGGAAGUCACAGCGGUUACAGGUAUUGGCGGAGGCACCCUGGGAGCAGUUUUGCAAAGCCUUCCUGUUUGGGCACCUUGUACAACAAUAGUGUUAAGACGAGGCUGGGAGAUGAUGGGUGCAGGGUUCAUAGGCCAAGGAAAUGUUGCUAAUCCCAAAGCAAUCCAAGAAGAGACCUCACAGCGGACGUUAAUUUGUCUUUUGUGUAACACUGUAACCAAAAUAUUGAUGAUAAAAAGUCAUAAUUUAAGAUGCAGAAUAAAUGGGUUUGAUGUC